AUGUCAAAGAAUGGUGUGCGUCCAGGCACUAAAAAAAUAAAUGCCGUGAUUAAAGCACCAGAACCCACAGAUAUAAAAGAACUGCGUUCUUUUCUCGGACUUGUAAAUUAUUUCAGGAAAUUCAUCAAGGAUUUUGCUAAAAUCACCGCUCCUCUUACUGAACUAUUACGUAAGGAAACCCAAUGGAAAUGGGGUCCCGAACAAUCCAAUACAGUACAGGAACUGAAACGUUUGCUCACUAGUAGACCUAUACUAGCACUUUACGAUCCGACACUUGAGACAGAAUUACAUACAGACGCAAGUUCGGUUGGGCUAGGAGCGAUGCUUUUAUAG